CCACUCCCACAGAUUGGUGUUUGAAUUCUGAUGGAUUUGCUCUGUUUUAUCUUGAGGUUCAACGAGUUUGAUCACAAGUUUUUUGGGAUCUCGGAGGCGGAGGCGGAGGUCAUGGACCCUCAGCAGAAGCUCCUCCUGCAGUGCUCCUACAGGGCUCUGGAGGAUGCAGGGAUUCCCACUGAGAGCUUCAGUGGGACCAGAACUGGAGUUUACAUUGGUCUCAUGAACAGAGACUACGAGAUGCUCAGGAACAACAACCCAAACAUAAUCAGCCACUACAACGGCACAGGAACAGCCACGAGCGUCGCAGCCAACAGAAUUUCCUUCACCUUCAACCUGACCGGGCCUUCCUUCGUCAUCGACAGCGCCUGCUCUUCCUCUUUGGUGGCUCUGCAUGUAGCCUGUCAGGCCCUACAGCAAGGAGACUGCGAGAUGGCGCUCUGUGGGGGAGUUAACUGCAUAAUAGAGCCGAGAGUGUUUGUUGCUCUCAGCAAAGCAAAGAUGAUCUCCCCUGAAGGAACCAGCAAGCCGUUCUCCAUCAGAGCAGACGGGUACGGCCGAGGGGAAGGCUGCGGGGUGCUGCUCCUGAAGCCUCUCAGAAGUGCUAAAAGAGACCAUAACAGAAUAUGGGGGAUCAUCAGCAAAACGGCAGUAAACCAGGAUGGACGCUCCGUCACUCCAAUCACCAAACCCUCCAAGGUUCAACAGGCGGAGCUUCUGCGAGGAAUUUACUCGGAGAUCGCCGACGUCCAGUACAUAGAAGCCCACGGCACUGGAACCCCAGCGGGAGACACAACAGAGGCAGGAAGCAUCUCUGAAGCAGUCGCUGAAGCCAGAGCUGCAGGUUCAAAGCCGCUGAUGGUCGGAUCUCUGAAGGGAAACAUCGGACACACGGAAUCUGCAGCUGGAGUGGCGGGAAUCAUCAAGGUUCUUCUGAUGAUGAAGCAUGAAACCAUCGUUCCUACUGUUUUCUACUCUGAUGACAGUGCAAGUGUAGACGUGAAAGCCCUGAAGCUUCAUGUUCCAAGCAAAGCUGAAAGGUGGGAGGCAGCAGGGCCUCAUGGGAGGGUGGCAGGGGUGAACAGUUUUGGGUUUGGGGGCACAAAUGCCCAUGCAGUUUUAAAGGAGUACAACAAUGAAGAAGCUCCUCCCAAAACGGGGUUAAAACUGUGUGUCCUGUCAGCAGCCUCGGAGAAAUCUCUGAUUCUGACCACCGAAGACACUUACCGAAGACUCGGUCAAACGGUUGACCUGCAGGCGCUUUCCUACACCUCUGCAUGUGGGCGGAGCCACCUCAGACACAAAUAUAGGAAAGCUUUUGCAGCCUCUUCUCUUCCAGAUUUACAAAACCAGCUCAAAGCUGCAGUGAAGGCCAAAGUGGAGCCUGUUCGGUCCGACACCCGGGUGGUCUUUGUGUUCUGUGGGAACGGGGUGUCCUACAAGGGGAUGUGCCGCCAGCUCAUGAGGGAUGUUCCUGCUUUCAGAGAGAAGGUCCGAGAGGUUGAGAGGAUCUUUCACCAGCAUGAAACCAUCAUCAUCAGUAAACGGCUUUGUGGUGAGGACUGUGAUUUCAACCGUCCCGGCGUUGUCCAGCCUCUUCUUUUUGCACUUCAGGUCGGUCUUGCUUGUCUACUGAAGAGUUGGGGAGUCAAACCCGACUCGGUGCUUGGUCACUCCAUCGGAGAGGUUGCGGCUGCUCACUGCUCUGGUCUCCUAUCUCUUGAAGAUGCUGUAAAGGUGGUGUACCACCGCAGCACUCUCCAGAGUAAAGUCACAGGAGGGAAAAUGCUAGUUGUCGGCAACGUGGAGGUGGAUCAGGUUUUGGAAGUUCUUGCGGAAUUCUCUGGUAAGGUUUGUGUGGCUGCCUUCAACAGCCCCCGGUCAUGCACCCUGUCAGGAGAUGCAGAUGCUGUAGACGGCCUCCACGAGAGACUGAAGCUCACAUUUACAGACAAAAGUCUGUUUCUUUGUGCUUUAGACGUUCCAGCUGCUUAUCACAGUCAUUUGAUGGAGCCGGUUCUUGAUGACAUCGAGAGGCGCAUUGGCUCUUUGCACAGCAACAACAUGGAAUGCAAACUGUUGUCAACUGUGACGGGACAAAAAUGUUCUGAUGGAGAUUUCCUUUCUGGCACCUACUGGAGAAAAAACAUCAGAGAGCCAGUUUAUUUUGAGGAAGCCCUUCGGGCUGCAGUCAGAGAGAGUCAGUCCGGAGGAAACCUGGUUUUUGUGGAGGUUGGACCACGAAGGAGUCUCCAGAGAUACAUCCAUGAGACUCUUAGAGGAGACACCACCGUUCUCUCUGUUGUCCGUCCAGGCAAAGAUUUGGAAGCCAUCUCCUUUGCUAUGGCCAGGCUGUUUGAACUUGGCGUGAACGUGGACUGGAACCAGUUCUACAAGGGUGGUGAGAUGUUGCCCACAACUUUUCCAGUUUAUCAGUUUGACAACUCAAAGAACAAUGUGAAUUUUGAAGCUUUGAGGAAUGAUAAUGGACUGGCCAUCUCUCACCACCCAUUUCUUUCUCAAAUAAACCCAAACUACAAAGAAUUUACCUUCAACCUGUCAUUGGACGUCGCGCCAUACCUGUGGGAGCACAAGAACAAUGGCGUUCCCAUAGUCCCCGGUUCGUUUUAUGUAGAGUUGGCCUUAGCUUCAGUGAUGGAGAGCCUUCAGUCGAGGAGUCCAGUACCUCCAGUCAGUCUCAGUCUCACAUUUCAGAGUGUCCUAACUCUCACCUCCAAAUCCCAGCAGCUGAAGGUGACUCUACAACAUUCAGGGACAGAAACUUUAUUUAAAAUUCAAUCUUCAGUAGCAACACAUGCAUCUGGCACAUGCAGCCACACCAAGGAGAAGUUGGUGUUGGAGGAACCAAGUAUUUGUCCAGAUGUGAUCUAUCGAAGGUGCAAAGUGGUCAUGACAAAGCAGGAGGUGUACUCAGUUCUGUCUGAAGCCGGGUUUGAGUAUGGCCCUCCGUUUCAGCACCUCAACGAUGUGCAAUUUGGGAAUGAGCUCAAAGAAGCUGUGACAACUUUGCAGGUUCCUGGUGAAGUUCUGGGACAUCUCCAUGAGUGUUUCCUUCACCCGGUGGUUUUGGAUUACUUCAUGCAAAUGACUGCUGUUGUAGCAAUGGAACAGCUUGGAGUCAAGCAGGGAUUCCCCUCAGGGAUUGCAAGUAUGGUCAUGUCAGGACCUCUCCAAGAGAAGAUGGUCAUGUACUCACGAGUAACUCAUCAGGCUCCAGAAUUCCUUGACGUUUGCGGCUGCUUUUCUACCACAGACGGAAAAGUUUUGGUGGAACUAAAAGGGGUCAGAAUCUCAUUUUUAGAUUCAAGUGUUCCACAAUCAUUGCUUUUCCACAAUGAAACUGUUGCAUUUGGACUCGAAACAGACUUGGAAAACUGUGAGAUGAAAGCCAUCGUGUUUGAGGACAAGCUCUCUAUUGCCAACAGGCUCAAACCUUACCUGAGCCCGGAAUCGGUUUUUGUGGAGAGCAAAGAGAAACUAACUGCAGAUCAAGUUCGAGACUUGGUGUUGGACGCCCUUCACUCCAACGAAGCUCUGACAGACGUCCUGUUUCUUUGGGGUGUAGAGGACCUCACACACCUAUCAGCUGAGACGAUGCUGCAGUCCUUGGUGACUUGCUGUGAGUUUUUUCGACAGAUUGUUUUAGCCGUGAAGGAGAGCAAACGCCGCUGCUCUUUGCGGGUCAUUACUCACAGAUCAACCGAAACGGCCGUGGAUCACGUGAGUGCUGGAUUUGUACUGUCCGGUUUGACGCGGGCCUGUGCAGCAGAGCUUGCUGAUCUCUCCUUUCAACUUGUUGACCUUGCUUUUGUCACCAGUGAGGACGUUCAGAUGUUAGCUCGUGUCAUAAGAUCCUGCAAACAUCAGGAAGUGAGGAUUAGCAACGGGCAGAUCUGGGGAUCCAGGAUAACACAGACUCAAGUGAAAGUUGAAGACUUUAGCCAAAGUGGUGCUCCCUUUGAUCACCUUGAGGACUUUGUACUCCAAACCAAUGAUCCCUACAGAGUGGGUAAUUUAUCUGCGAUUCCGGCAGACAAACAAGCAAAUCCUGUUCUAGAAAAGUCUAUAGAAGUUAAGCUAACCCGUGUGUGCGUGCAUUCAUCGGAUUAUUUCCCUGUCACCACUUCCCACUCAGACUUUGGCGAAACAGUUUACUGGAGCAAGCAUGGCUCUCAGAGGCACAAACUGCUAGCUUUAGAUUUCAGUGGCAUCGUCACAGUAGUUGGGAGGGACGCGCACAGAUUUAGAGUUGGAGAUCACAUCGCUUCAUGCUAUGCCGUUGAAGCCACCACAACAGUUGUGGUUCCGGAAGCGGCGUGCUACAGGACAAAGACUCUUCCUUUUCUCAGGGAGACUCCAUGUGUGUCCUUCUUCAUACUGGCAUGGGAGAUCCUGCAGAAACGGCUCUCUGAGGUGAAAAACCAUCGCAGACAGUUGGUUGUUGUCUCCUCAAACUCCGCCUCUGCUCUGGUGAAGGUCUUGGCGCUAACGGCGAGCAGGUCGGGCUGGAACGUCUCUUCUUGGUCUCAUGUUAGUCGGAAACCUCAACGCUGUGGCGCCGUGGUUUUUCUGCCUCCGUUUGAUCCCUCCUGGCAGGAGGUGUGUGGCGGUGAUGACCAGGUGGUGCAUGCUGUGUUUGUGUGUAGCACUCACAUGGCGUCCAGAAUGUUUGCACUGAAGAAGAAGAACAUUCUAGUGCACAAAGUUGACGUGGCCAACGUUCUCCAGAGGUCUAAUCUACGAGAACAAAACGGAAACAUCUCCAAGUGGUUGUCGUCUUUGGGUUUUGAUGAGGUCUCUUUGCCUCUGAGAAUGGAGUUGCAUCAGGUAGGAGAGUCCGAGUCCUACUUCACCACAACUAAAGUGCAGCAGGUUGUUUUGAACUACGACGGCACCAACUGUCCGCCCUCUGAUGUUCCUCUUCUUAAGAAGCCAGAAAAGAUCUUUAAAAAGAGCGCCGUUUACAUCGUAACUGGUGGGAUCUCCGGUUUGGGGCUUGAGACGGUUAAGUUUAUCGCCUGCAACGGCGGCGGUUGCAUUGCGACACUGUCGAGACGUAGUCUAUCAGAGGAAAGGCAGUUUGAGAUGAAUCUCCUGGAGAAGAGAUAUGGAGUUUCCAUCCUAAACAUCCAGUGUGACGUGUCCUCUUUGGUGCAGGUGGUGAACGCAAUCUCAGAGAUACUCCAAAGAUUCCCGUCCUGUCCGAUCACUGGAGUCUUUCACAGUGCCGCGGUGCUGCACGACGCGCUGAUCCAAUCCCUCGAUGAGGAUCUCUUCAGAAAGGUGCUGCAGCCUAAAGUUAGCGGCGUCCUCAACCUCCACUAUGCAACGCUUCACAACAAGCUGGACUUCUUUGUGUGCUAUUCCUCCAUCUCGUCUUUCAUUGGCAAUGCCUCGCAGUGCAACUACGCUGCAGCCAACUCCUUUCUUGAUGCCUUCUGUCAUUACCGGAGAAACCGUGGCCUCGCUGGCCAGUCCAUCAACUGGGGUCCUUUGAACGUGGGUCUGCUGCUGAACAAAGAGCAUUUCCAGAGGUUCUUGGAGGCCAAAGGGAUGAUGGUAAUGAGUCUGAACGAAAUCCACCAGACACUCCGAAUGUGCCUCAUCAUGAACAGACCGCAGCAAGUCAUCUGCAAAUUCAACUACAGGAACCUCCACGACCACGUUCUCUCCCAAAACGCCUCUCUGAGGGAGCGGCUGUCCGCUUUGGUGGCAGCGGAGCUCAAAGGUGGAGGUGAACCCAGAGUUCAGCCUCUGUACUCCACACGCCAACGCCUGAGGACUGUCGUCAGCGAGAUGCUGAACAUGAGGGUGGAGGAGCUGGAGGACGAGGCCUCCCUGUGUGUGCUGGGGGUCGACUCCAUGCUAGCCAUGACUCUGCAGAACAAGAUUUUUCAGGAGACGGGAGUGAAUGUGCCUUUAGUGAUCAUUCUGGAUCCCAGCAGCACACUCGUGUCUUUGGAGACGUUUGUUCUGAGCAGCGGCUAAAUUCUAGCCUCACCUGUGUAGCUUCUAAAAGCACUGACUUCAAAGUAUAUCUGGAACUUUAAACAGCAACGUCAGGAUUGUUCUUUCUUCUAAUACCUUUAGUUUGACUUUGUGAAGGAUUUAGCUUCUUCUUGUUCGUGUUUAUAUGCUAAAAUGUUUGUUAGAGAGGAAAUGACUAGAAAACAGUCUGUGGUUCAUUUUUUUAUUCAAAUUUUCACACCAUCGUCUUCAAGGACCGUUUUCAUAAAAAAUGAAAGCCAUGUCUUCCAUAUUUUUGUCCAAUUUUUUCAACAAAUGAUCAUGAAGGAGGAAUAUAUAAAUGUAAACAAAAAAGUAAUCAAGAUUUGGUCAAUAUUUUUUUUUUUUUUGCGUGUUUUUCUAGAACUUAAAUUCUUCUUAUAUGCUGAAAAAAACUUGUUUUGUAGUAGUACUUUGUCUUUAUGAGAAUCAAUUUGUAUUUAGUGCAUAUAAAGAAUAAAAUACAGUUUCAAAGAAAAAAAACUGUCAAAAAUAAGUAUUUGAACAUUUAAUUAGUAUUAGUACGUUAGUAAAACACAGAUAACCUUUAUUUCUAAAUAAAAUGAAAAUGGCAGGUAUAGCUACAUGAAUAAAGUGCAGAAUUUCUUGGCAGCUGUUCUGAAAGGUAUAGACGUCAGUCUAUUGUGUAAGGAUUUUUUUCUGCUUUUGUUUGAUUUAAAGUCAUCAUUUCCUCCUUUUCAAUAAAACCCAAAAGAUUUGAAUCUCCAACUUGAUCCUGAAACUAUUAAACCACAAACACUUUUUGUAGUUUGAAAAUCUACAUAUAAAGUUUAUGCUGUAAUCUGUAUUUCUAUAUAAUUGAGUUUUCUUCAUAUGUUCUCUUCACUGUAAUCAGUUUAUUUUCUUCAAGCUGUCUGGAUUUCGUGGGAAUAAAUCAUUGAAAUCAUGCUGCUGUCUAUGUUUGUAGCUGCUGUUCCCUCAAUAAAAUACAUAGUUUUUCUAAUAAAAACCAAAUUUGAAAAAAAAACAAAAA